GAGGGACAGAUCAUGGAGCAAGAGAUGACCAAGGAGGGCUGGAUUGAGAGAAUGGUCAAAAUAGUUAAAGGAACUGAUGGGAAAGGGAAAGAUUCAGGGCUGAAUGACUAGACAAAGCCAUCACUUCAUCCAGAUCUUCUUCGAUUUGCUCUUCUUGAUAGUUGAAUUAGCUGUAACUGUGUAGGAAUAGAGGUGUUCCUCAGGUUUUAUUUAUACUUUUGUUUUUUCUAAAAAGGAUUUUUAUUGCUCUACUAAAUAGAUGUUAAACUAGACCACAAGGAGGAGAUCGUUGGAAACUCAAACAAACUGGUUCGUUGGAGAAGACGUGGUUUCAGAAGCAUAAAAAUGGGAGGAUGAAACCAGGACGCUCCCUAAGAAUCCGAUUAAGAACUAGCCUACAAUGACGACAAGUGCGCCUACUGUUUUGUUUGAAACAGAGAAGGGGGCAGAUGCCCAGCUUUCCUCCUCACACAACUCUUCAGUUUCUGCCUCCUGCAAUAUUGACGAGUCCUACAAGUACAUCUUCCUGCCCAUUUGCUACUCCUUUACAUUUGUCUUCAGUAUAACCCUUAACUUUGUGGUUCUCUACCGUUCCUUUCGACACACCAGGCACUGGAACGCGUCCCUGAUUUACAUGGUGAACCUAGCCACAACAGACUUCAUGUAUGGUUUAUCCCUGCCCUUUUUGGUGGCCAGUUAUGUCAUGCGGGACGACUGGGUGUUUGGAGACUUCAUGUGCCGUCUAGUGCGUUUCCUCUUCUACUUCAACCUCUACUGCAGCAUCUUCUUCCUUACUUGCAUCUCAGUGCACCGCUACCUGGGCAUCUGCCACCCCAUGAAGACCAUCACCUUGGAGACCAAACGAGCAGUAAAGGGGACUUGCGUUCUAGUGUGGAUUGCCGUUUUCGCACUAACAUGCCCAAUUUUCCGUUUUGCAAAGACACAGAAUCUUCCACGCGAAGGUAAGGGCUCGAGGGAGAUGUUCAUUAAUUGCUGGGAUGAUGCAAUUGAUAAAGAGUUCCAUGAUUACAUCCCUUACGGGGUCACGCUUCAUUUCUUGGGCUUUUUUGUGCCGUUCAGCAUCAUUGCCUGGUGCUACUCGCGUGUAGUGUUAACAAUAUUUCGGACGCUGCACUCUCAACCUCCUCCACAAAGAAUCAGAAGUGGGACGGGCUGUGAAAGCGUCGCAGGAAUUGGGGGAGAGGGCAUGUCAAUCAUCUUGGGGGCUCAAUCGCCUUAUGUCAACAGACGGCGCAAGUCCAUCAAGACCAUAAUUACCAUCACUCUCCUCUUUGCCCUUUGCUUCUUCCCCUUCCAUGUCACUCGCACUAUUUUCCUACUGCUGAAAGUGACGAGUAGGGUGCAGUGCCACACCAUGCGCAUGGUUUCCAUCUGUUAUAAAAUCACUCGGCCGCUGGCCUCUUUCAACGCCUGGCUGAAUGCACUGCUUUACUUUCUUACUAAAGAGAAAAACGGGCCCUGUUGUCAAAAACCUGAACAUGCCCAGCAUGGCCUGCUAUGGCCACUUAGAAUGCUGGGAAAAGGAGAGGAAGAAGAGAAUGAAUUUGAAGAGAUAAGGAACCACAAGGACAACGGUCCAACAGAUAAAAACAAUACACACAGAGGUCUGCCUUAAGUUAUGAACAUGUAAACAUGUGACAGUGUAGGACAUCAACAAGUGAACCUGGUGGACCUGCCUUCAUAUGGGAUUUAUUUGAAACAAACAGAUGUUUUAGUUAUAUUCUCUGUAUUUGUAUGACUCUGUGUGUUCACAUUAAAGUUGAAUAUUGAUUUAAUGUAUAUUAAUUGCAAACACACACAUAUAGAAUAAUAAGUUAAUUUAUAAGGUGUCUUAUGUCUGCAGUUGUUGGCAGACCUCAGGGUGGACACAUUUUGUGCAGGAUCUAUGUUUAGCGCUGUCAUGGAUUAAUAUGUCAUGUUGUGAAUAAUUAAACUGUUCUAAUAAACAUUUUCUGAACCUGUUUAAAUGAAAAACAAAUUAUGACUGUGAUCUUUUGAAGCCACUAUACAUUAAUUAAGCACUAUUCCAGAUUGGUGUGUCUUUGUGUAAGUACAGAAUCUAAUUUUGUUGUAGAAUAAACUUCUUAAGGGUCAAAGUGUCAGUAAAGAUAUAUUGUUUACAUUAUAUUUCUUUACAAGUAUGAGGUAAAGG